GUGCUUAUAGAUGGUGGACAGCUUCAGAUUCUUCUGACCAUGAGGCGCAGCUCAUAAACCUUAGAAAUUCACUAAAGAUGAUCCAGUCUAUGAUCAAUGAUGCAGAGCGAAAACAGGGGGAAAAAAGUGAUGACCCUGUAAGGCUCUGGUUACAAGAUCUCCAAAGGCUAGCUUAUGAUGUUGAGGAUGUACUCGAUGAGUGUGAUUAUGAGCAUCUUCGCUGCUGUGUCGAGACUCGUGGGGAGAAGAAGAGGAAAAGGAGUUCGAUCACUUCUGAUAUUGUUGACAAGAUAAAAGAUAUUAACGUGCGCUUUGAUGAAUUAAAGGAGCGUACACGUCUAUUUAAUCUAGUGUCAGGCGAAUUUCAUCCAACUACCAUGCAAUUACCCAAGACAGACUCCCUUCUUGGUGAUUCAAAAGUCUCCGGAAGGGAAGAUGAUGUUUUGAGAAUUCUUGACAUGCUGGAUGACUUGAGGGAAAAAGGGUAUCUAAUCUCUGGUGUUUCCAUAGUUGGCAUGGGAGGCCUUGGCAAGACAACAGUAGCAAAAUUAAUAUACAAAAAGGCACAGGAAGAAAAGCGCUAUGAUCUAGUAGCCUGGGUGUGUGUCUCUGAAGACUUCAAUGAGGAAACAAUUUUAAGAGAGCUGUAUGAACAUUUUAAGGCUUGUCCCCAUCCAAGUAGCAUCAAUAUGCUUGUUGAAGAUCUUGCAAAAGAGUUAGAAAAGAAGAUUUUUCUUCUCGUUCUCGAUGACGUGUGGAACAAAGAUUAUUCCAAGUGGAAUGCUUUCAGUGAUCGCCUCUCCAGACUUCUGAAGACAACUAGGAAUUCUAUUGUGGUGACAACUCGUGAUGAACAGGUAGCAUUUGGGAUGAUGAAGAUGAAUCUUAUGCAAAAUUCUAUGCAAAUUUAUAAAAUGCGUAAGUUAUCGAGUCAUGAAUGCUGGUCAAUAAUUGAGGAGAAGGUUCUCAGAUUAUCAGGAAAGCAAUCAAUUUCUUUAGAUUUGAAAGAUAUUGGGGUGGAAAUUGCCAAAAAGUGUGGGGGCUUGCCAUUGAUUGCAAUUGUCAUUGGAGGAGCAUUGAACCGUGAAAUUCAAAUAAAUGUGAAAAUGGAUGCACAUGGAGAUAUCAAAUCUUGCAAGAUGCAUGAUGUAGUGCAUGAUCUGGCAUUAGCCGUUGCAAAAGAUGAAACUUUAAUAUUGAAGGCUGGUUGCAAGAUUGAUGAAAAUGCUACUAUUUUACAUUUGAGAGUCAAGCAUGAUGGAAGUGGGGAAAAGACAAGAUUGCACAAUUUGAAACUGGGAUGGAAUAGAUGGGAAGGAGACCAAAGCAACCAUGAGGAGGUUUUAGAAGGUUUUCAGCCUCACUCAAAUUUGAAAGGUUUAUUCAUUGAUUAUUACAAUGGAAAGAGCUUUCCGAAAUGGAUGAUGAGGGGUGUCAAUAACUCUGGUGCUACAUUUUUGUCAAAUAACCUAGUGGAGUUGAAUUUAGAGUCUUGGGAUAAUUGUGAACAUAUUCCUAGUCUAGGACUUCUACCUAGUCUCAAGUAUCUUCGCAUUUAUCAUUUUAAAAAUGUAAAAAGGAUGGGUCAUAAGUUUGAUACCACCAGAAGUAAUAGUCCAGGAGGAGUGGAACCAAUCAAACUGUUCCCAGCUUUGAGACAACUCACCUUAGGAUACAUGAAAACCUUAGAGGAAUGGGUUGAAGUCGAUGAUGAUGAUAUAGCAGUAGGAAGCAAAGUUGAGAUUGUGUUUCCUUCCCUUGAGAUUUUGGAAAUUUACAGUUGUCCUCAGUUGGAGAUUUGGCGGAUAGGUGGAUUUUCAUCUCAUCAUAAGCUGUCUUCCUUGGAGAUCAGUGGCUGUGACAAUUUGAUAGCUAUCCCAGAUAUGGAUGAGCUCUCAUCUCUUGAAACCUUAGGGAUACUUAAUUGUGGUGCAUUAACAUAUCUACCAAGUGGGCUGGGCUCCUCCAUUUCUCUUCAGGAUUUGUGCAUUUCACAUUGCAUUAAUCUACGAAGCGUUCCAAAAGGGUGCCUGCGCUACAUCACUAGAUUGAAGAAGUUAGAGAUGGGUCCUUUCUGCGAGGAAUUGGAAUUAUUCCCAGGACUCAGUUACAUCCAUCAGCUCAACUCCUCCCUUGAAGAUUUAGCAUUAUAUGGAUGGGAUAAAGUCAAGUCUUUGCCAGAUCAACUUCAACAUCUCAUUGCAUUGAAAAAAUUGACUCUUGAUGGAUUCAAAGGAGUGGAAGCCUUUCCAGAAGGGUUGGGAAACCUCGCUUCUCUUCAACAACUUUUCAUUUCUGAUUGUGGAAAUCUAAAGCAUCUGUUUCCACUCCAAGCCUUAAGAUUCCUUCAUAGUUUAUCGAUUGGUCCUUUCUUCUCGGAGUUGGAGGAGAUCCCAACACUCAGUUGCACCCAUCACCUUCAUGCUUCCCUGAAAUAUUUAGGUUUACAAGGAUGGGAUAAAGUAGAGUUUUUGCCAGAUCAGCUUCAGCAUUUCACUGGCCUCCAGAAAUUGUGUCUAGAAAAUUUCAACAGAGUGGAAGUUUUACCAGACUGGUUGGGAAACCUCUCUUCUCUUCGACAGCUGCACAUUACAAAUUGUGGUAAUUUGAUGAGUAUGCCUUCUAUUGAAGCCAUGCAACGCCUCACCAACUUACGAUAUCUUGAGAUUGUUGAAUGCCCCAAAUUGAAGGAAAGAUGCACCAAAUAUAGCAGAGCUGAAUGGUCCAAGAUUUCCCACAUUCUCCAAAUCAACAUAGAUGGGCAAGAGCCUUGGACAGUGGAUUAGUAGAAAAUAACCUUUUUUGUCUCAAACUUCUACUUGUUGAUCAAAUCUGUUGAUUGAAUAAUCAGGUUAAGCUUCAAGAGUCCAGCACAUCAAGAAGCCUUCUCCAAAUUAUCAACUAAUGGAUGUUCACUAGAGUGCUCUGUCUCAUAUAAAGAUGCAUGAGGAGAAAAACAGGGAUUGCACAGACACAUACAACUAAAUUCUUUCAUUUUUA